CUUUUUUGAUUCCGCCACCACACACCGCUUGUCGCGCCGCUGCCCUCGAAGGACUUGCCAUGCUGUUCUAUUCGUUCUUCAAGACCCUGCUGGGCAAAGAAGUGGCUGUGGAAUUGAAGAAUGACGUCGCAUUGGUUGGGACCUUGCAUUCGGUGGACCAGUACCUCAACAUUAAACUGACCGACGUCAGCGUCGUGGAAGAGUUCAAGUACCCUCAAUUGAUGAACAUGAAGAAUUGCUUUAUUCGCGGGUCAGUCGUGCGAUAUAUUCAAAUUGCCAAGGCCGACGUGGACACGGAACUGCUUCAAGAUGCCGCGCGGAGAGAAGGAAGUGCGAACCGAGCAGCCACUACCCGAGCGUAAAAGUUCCAUCCCAUCGUACGAGAGAGAUUGGGGAGUUCGUUAAUAUAAAUGUCGGGUUCCAUUCCGAAUCAAUCGUCAGGCCUACUGUACUCGUCUACCACCACAACUUGCCGGGCAUGUACUUGUCGAUGAGCGCUUGGUAGUAUGGCCAGAGCGCCGCCACGUCGGGUCGCUUGUCGGCUUUCGUGUACAGGUCAAACUUGUUGAACUCGAGCACCCAUUCCAACAACGCGUCGUCGCCGGGCGCCAUCAGGUGCGUGUACUCCUUCUUGUUGUGCCACGGGUAGCACGAAUGGUAUCGAAUCAUGGCGAGUCCUUCGUCGGGAAUUGACGCGCCAUUGAACACGAGCAUCUGGUACAUGUAUUCGUCGUGGCCCCAGGCGAACUUGAGGUCCGCGAGGCCACAGUUCGGUUCGUAGAUGCCCAAGGGGGUGUUGUACGCGGGGUUCUGCAUGUCCGAGUUCAGCGAGUUGAAUUCAGGAAACACGGUCGAGUCAGGGAUAGCACAUCCGAUCACCCACGUGUCGCCGCCGAGAGACCACUGGUCACCGUCCGCAGUGCCUUGCUGUCCGUCGGCGGGUUGACCCCACAUGUACUGGAUCUUCCCCAUAUCAUGGAGCAACCCCACGAGCUGGAACCAGUCGGGAUGUCCUGCCGCGCGAAUCGCUUCUGCUGUCUGAAGCAUGUGCUCCAAGUUCGGCAAGGACGAGUCCGGGUCCGACGAGUCCACGUACCCCUUGAGGGACUCAAACGCUUCCCAUACUGUCAUCUGCGCCCGAUCAAACUUGCCCCAGAAGGUUUGCAUCUUCUCGUGGAACUCGACUGUCUGAUUCUCGCGCAUGAGCCGGUAGUGCCGCUGCACCAUCGCUUGGCGAUCGCUGUUCUUGUAGUUGCGGAAUUCCUCGACAGCUUUGCCGGCCGUGACGGGCUUGUGCUCCUGCGGAUAGGACACAGCAGCAAUGGUGCUUCGAUUGGCGGCGGUGAUCGUCAUCAUGCAAAUGGGCUAGCGGCGACUGCAGUCAAAACGCGAAAUGAGCCGCACUCGGCCACGCCCGCUGAUCGGUGGCAUUGUCUGGAUGGCGGUUGCCGAA